AUGUCGAAGCCUAUAUCUUUUGGCUUCGGGAAGUCCAAGACGGCCAGCACUGGCACCGGCACUCUCCCGUCCCGCAAGCCUGCCUCUUCGAAGGCCCCUUCACGAACCGCCCUCCACCAAGACUCGGACAAUGAAGACGAGGAAGAGCCAAGACACGAGUCAGUCACUGGCUUCUCGUCUAGUGGUGCUAUUCUAAGUCGUCCCGUACAGGAAUCGAGAGAGAAAGUCAUACAGAAUGCCGGCAAUGGCGACUGGCGCAGACGAGGACGAAACAAUCUACUGCCUGCAGAAGUCCAAGCGGCGCAACGGGGAGAUGGCCCGGUCAUGGUGGAAAGAGACGAAGUGAGCAAGGCUACCGGUCUUCAAUUUGCAGACAAGAGUGACAAGGAGCCGGAGCAACGGCCGGAUGGCGACCAAAAGCCACAGAACCACGCCGAUAGUCCACCCAGCCGACUGACUGCUGAUGACGAAGCCCUGCAAGCGCUUUUGGACGAUGGCACGGGUAAGCCCAAGUCGAGCGCUGUUAUACAACUACAAGGGAACAGGAUGUUGUCACCACGCGACGAAGAGGAAGAUUUUCGCCAAGACAUAGCCUCCAGACCAGAUUCAAGUACCCUUGAAGAGUAUACAGCAAUGCCUGUUGAGGAGUUUGGACUAGCCAUGCUUCGGGGAAUGGGCCAGAAGCGGCGCGCCAACGGAGAAGUCAUUGAUCUAAACCCAAAGAUGGACGACAACAGCCGAAAGCAACGUAAGCAAGAGGGCUUUCUAGGCAUCGGGGCCAAAGCAGCUCCUGGAACGGAUGGAGUCGAGCUAGGCGCGUGGGGCAAAGCGGACAUGCGCAAGAACACCAAGGGCCAGGGGUUCUUUACACCGUUGAUGCGCGAGAACAAAGCCACAGGAGAGCGCAUAUCAGAGGAUGAAUUUCAGAGAAGGCUCAAAGAGUCUAAAGGAGCAAAGGACGAGGAUGACUGGAGACAGCGCAGAGAUCGCAACCUGGAAAAGAGCGGUAGAGACCGCGAUCGAAAUGGUCACGCCAGUGGCAAUGACGACUACCGUGAUCAGAUGAACUCUUUCUCUCGUUCAGGUUCAUCAAGGAGAGAUAAGGAGGACGACAGGGAGUAUUCUCGAUCAAGGAGAGACCGGGGUGACGAUGACCACGAGACCUCAAGAUCGCGGAAAGACAGGUCAAAGGACAGAAGCAGGAGAGGUCGAGACAAGGACCAAAACCACGAUAGCCGGCACCGGGAUAAGUACCGAGACCGCCAUCGUGAUGACGACAGAUACGAUUCGAGUUCGUCUCAUCGAAGCCAUCGUGAUCAUGAUCGUGAUCGAGACGGGGACAGAUACAGAGAGCGCGAUGGUGAUCGUCGGCACCGGGACGGAUGA